GAGCGCUUUGUGCAUGGUAUACAGCAAUGGCAAAUUUACUUACUAAAGAAACUUCAUAUUUCACAUUACCAGUUUUCCCAAUAAACAAUGAUCUUUCGACAGCCAAUACUCGAUCAUCUAGACUUGUUUAG